AUGUCGUCCACGCGCCCGUCGCGCAGUUUGAGCAUCCAUAAUAUCAACCCCCACGUCAAGGCGGCCAAGUAUGCCGUGCGAGGCGAACUUGCUAUCAAGUCAGAAGAGUACAGGUCGAAAUUGAAAAAGGAAGACCCUCCUACACCGCCAGAGAACCCACUCCCAUUUGACACCGUUAUCUCGGCCAACAUUGGCAACCCCCAGCAACUCGACCAGAAACCCAUCACAUUCUUCCGGCAAGUCCUUGCUCUUCUAGAGUAUCCACCCCUGUUGGACAACGAGGAAGCACUCAAGACGAGUUUUGGCUACAAACAAGAUGCCAUCGACCGUGCUCGCCGGCUCCUGAAGGAAAUCCAUUCCGUGGGGGCAUAUUCGCAGUCUGCAGGCGCUCCUGGCAUUCGUCAGUCUGUCGCCAACUUCAUUGAGCGGCGGGAUGGCUUUCCUUCGAACAAGGACGACAUCUACCUCUCUGCAGGCGCUUCGUCAGGAGUCAACACCCUCCUCCACAUCAUCUGUGGCAAACCCGAGACCGGCGUGCUUGUUCCCAUACCGCAGUAUCCACUCUACACCGCGACCCUCUCUGUUCUCAAUGCCCGCUGUGUGCCUUACUACUUGGAGGAGUCUCAGGCUUGGAGCACCGAACUUUCUAUAAUUCAGGACGCCUACGACAAGGCGGUCAGCGAAGGCACUGACGUACGUGCCAUUGUUAUCAUCAACCCUGGAAACCCUACUGGUGCCUCGUUGUCUGAAAAGGAUGUGGAGGAUACGAUCAAGUUUGCUGCCGAGCACCAUCUCGUGAUCAUGGCCGACGAGGUCUACCAAACGAAUGUCUUUGUUGGUCAAUUCCACUCUUUCAAAGGAGCCCUGCGAAGGAUGCAGCAGAGGGAGCCAGGUCGGUAUGACUCAGUCGAACUCGCAUCGUUGAACUCCGUCUCCAAAGGUAUGGUAGGUGAAUGUGGGCAUCGCGCUGGGUACUUUGAGCUUGUGGGCUUUGACCAAGAAGUCCAGGCCGAAAUCUACAAGUUCAUCAGUAUCAUGCUGUGCCCUCCUGUCAUCGGUCAAUGUCUGCUGGACCUCGUGGUAGACCCUCCGAAACCAGGGGAUCCCAGCUUCGACCUCUACGAUAAGGAGUACAACAGUGUCAGGAACGGGUUGAAAGACCGGGCUUGGGCACUUUACCGGGCGUUCCAGGAGAUGGAGGGCGUCGAGGUGGGAGAGCCACAGGGCUCAAUGUAUCUUUUCCCCACCAUCAAGGUUUCGGACAAAGCAGUCGAGGCUGCAAAGGAGGCAGAGCGUACGCCCGACGAAUUCUAUUGCCUCCGUCUGCUAGACGCGACGGGUAUCUGUGUCGUCCCCGGCUCCGGCUUCGGGCAGAAACCUGGUACAUUACAUCUUCGAACCACCUUCCUUGCCCCGGGAACGGAUUGGGUCGGUCGCUGGAUCAAAUUCCACAAAGAAUUCAUGGACAAAUACAGAUAG